AUGUCCGCUUCGCGCUUAAACGAUCUUUUGCCUACGGUGGACACGCAACGUUGCCUUCCAGCUCAUUCGCUUGGGCUCUCUCAAAUGGGAAGAUAUCGUCGCAAUCAAUGCAUCUCGUGCGGGGCUAAAGAGGCCAUCGCAGGUCUUCGAACAUGCCUCCGACCAUGCCUUGCCGAAGCAAUUACCUAUACAGUAUGUCCUAAGGAGGUUCAUCGUUCUCGAUGCACAAAUAUCGGACUCUGCCUAUCAAUUGCCGGGACGCAGCAUAGGAGACGCGCUGGAAGAGAACCUGGUCUCCUUCAGUAA